AUGUUUUAUUUAUAUUUUGACAUUUUCCCUUUUUCUCGUUCUUUUAUUUUUCUUUCUUUGCUGACGCAUUUGUUUAUGAUUUCUCUUCUCUCUCUUUCUUUGUAUAUCUUGAUUUUCUUUCUUUCUUUUUUCUUUCUUUCUUUUUGUCUUUCUUUUCAUUUACUUCUCUUCUUUUCUUUCUUUUUUUCUUUCUUUCUUUCUGUCUUUUUUCUCUUUUCAUUUACUUCUACCGGCUCUUCUCUCUCUUUUUUGUAUCUUGAUUUUCUUUCUUUUUCUUUGUCUUUUUUUCUUUCUUUUCAUUUACUUCUGCUCUUCUCUCUCUUUCUUUUUAUCUUGAUUUUCUUUCUUUCUUUUCUUUCUGUCUUUUUUUUCUUUCUUUUCAUUUACUUCUGCCCAGCUCUUCUCUCUCUUUUCUUUGUAUAUCUUGAUUUUCUUUUUUUCUUUUCUUUUCUGUCUUUUUUUCUUUUUUUCAUUUACUUCUGCCAGCUCUUCUCUCUCUUUCUUUUGUAUAUCUUUUUUUCUUUCUUUUUUUUCUUUCUGUCUUUUUUUCUUUCUUUUCAUUUUACUUGUGGCUCUUCUCUCUCUUUCUUUUUCUUUCUUUUUUCUUUCUUUCUUUUUCUUUCUGUCUUUUUUCUUUCUUUUUCUUUUCUUCUUUUCUCUUCUCUUUUCUUUGUAUAUCUUGAUUUUUCUUUCUUUCUUUUCUUUCUGUCUUUUUUUCUUUCUUUUCAUUUUACUUUGUCAGCUCUUCUCUCUCUUUCUUUGUAUAUCUUGAUUUUCUUUUCUUUCUUUUUCUUUCUGUCUUUUUUCUUUUUUUCUUUCUUUUUCAUUUCUUCUCUCUCUUUCUUUUUAUUUUGUAUUUUCUUUUCUUUCUUUUCUUUCUGUCUUUUUUCUUUCUUUUCAUUUUUUCUUGGCUCUUCUCUCUCUUUCUUUUAUCUUGAUUUUCUUUUCUUUUUUUCUCAUUGUCUUUUUUUUCUUUCUUUUUCAUUUACUUCUUGGCUCUUCUCUCUUUCUUAUCUUGAUUUUCUUUUUUCUUUCUUUUUUCUUUCUCUCUUCUCUCUUUUUUUUUAUAUCUUGAUUUUCUUUCUUUCUUUUCUUUUCUGUCUUUUUUCUUUCUUUUCAUUUAGAAAACAUCGGCUCUUCUCUCUCUUUUUCUUUGUAUAUCUUGAUUUUUUUCUUUCUUUCUUUCUUUUUCUUUCUUUUUUUUUUUUCUUUCUUUUCAUUUACUUCUGCCCGGCUCUUCUCUCUCUUUCUUUGUAUAUCUUGAUUUUCUUUCUUUCUUUUUCUUUCUUUUUCUUUCUCUCUUCUCUCUCUUUCUUUGUAUAUCUUGAUUUUCUUUUUUCUUUUUUCUGUCUUUUUUUUUCUUUUCUUUUCUUUUACUUCUCUCUUCUCUCUCUUUCUUUGUAUAUCUUGAUUUUCUUUUUUCUUUUCUUUCUUUUUUUUUCUUUUCUUUUCUUUUCUUUCUUUUUCUUUCUUUUAUAUCUUGAUUUUCUUUCUUUCUUUUCUUUCUGUCUUUUUUUCUUUUUUUCAUUUACUUCUGCCUGGCUUUUCUCUCUUUCUUUGUAUAUCUUGAUUUUUUCUUUCUUUCUUUUAUCUUUCUGUCUUUUUUCUUUCUUUUCAUUUUACUUCUUCUUCUCUCUUUUUCUUUGUAUAUCUUGA